AACAAAUUGUGUUUCCGCUGCACAUUCAAUCAAACAUUCAUUUCGUUUCGAUUUUCAAUUUUUACAAAAUUCAAAAUUCCACAUUAAUUUCGAAAUAUGAUGACAGUAGACAACCCAGUUGAAGUGGGGGAGGAGGAACAGGUCCAAGUCUUCAACACCACGCCGGAAGAAGUCGUUUUCUCAAACCCUUUACUAGUCCAAAUGAUUCUGGACAACCUCUCCGUUCGCGAUUUGAAAACUUGUGCUCCCACAAACUCGAUGUUUCACUCGGAAGCUUCCAAUCUCCUGGACAAAAAGUCAAAAAUCAAUUUGGAUUCACGCUCCUUCAAGGAUUACUUCGAAACCUUAAAGAAAGGGGGACGAAUCCCGACGCGGACCAUUGUCGAAAUGACGAUCGGCACUCGAAGAGCGUAUGCAACGUACUGUUCAAUUGCUUCUCCCCCGAAACGUUUUGCUAACCUUCCUUUGGAAAUAAUGCGGAGAAUUGGUGGGGACAAGCUUCGAUUUCUGAAGAUGCACGUGGAAAUGACAACCAAUUGGCUCUCAAAAUCCCGUGAAAUGUUAACCCUCGCCCUGAAUUUGACCGAAUUGGACCUCGACUUCAAAAACAGACGCGGUCGUGACGCCAACUUUGUGGCGGCCCUGCCCUCCGAUGACGCAUUCCAGCUCCCAACCUUGAAAAGAUUUCGCCUCUCAACGGACGAAGUGAACGAAGAAGGAGAAGAAGGAAUCCGAACAUUUUUACGGAGACUCUUUUCAAUUUCUCAAAAUUUGGAAAGUUUCCACGGAUGCGGAAUCAACAACGGUGUUUCGCACAUGAUCGCCCAAUUGUUUUUCGAAGAAUUAGACAAAAUUCCGGGAAGACCGGAAACGAUUAAGGAGCUGCUUUUCACCCCGGAUUAUUACGACGUUACCCCCGUGUUUGAACGAGUUCAGGAUAAUCUUGUGGGAUUGCGCAUGCUCACGCUGAACAUCGACGACAUGAACAGCGCAGAGGCGGAAGAAAUCUUGCAACACUUUAAGAAAUCAUUAACCAAGCUGGUUAUCAAUUUGGGAGGGAUAUUUGACGACUAUAAUGAAGAUGGAAGAAUUCUGAAUCUACCAGUGAUGCCAAAUUUGGAAGAAUUGGAGCUAUAUAAAGCUGUCGCGAUUGGUGCCCCUGCCGUGGGCGUUAUUAUCAUCCCUCCUUCUGCUGGCGUAGUGUUCGAGAAGUUGUGGUACCUCGAGAUAAGCGUGGCCUUAAUGAGGGACAUGAUUCUGCACGACGCCCACACAACUGCGGCCAGAUUUCCGUCUUUGAACCGCAUUUGUUUCGAUGAGAGGGAGGAGGAACCGAGCGAUGAAAUGCUGGAUCAUGUUUGGGAUCUUUUCCCAGAAGCAAUGAUUUCCAGGUUCUCGUGAAGUGCAAAAUGUGUACAUAACUUGCGAAUUGUUAAAUGUUUUUUGUAUCUUCCAAUGUAAAAAAAACUUAAAAAUCAACUAGUUUAUUUAUUUAGCGUUCUCAGUGAACUUAAACUUGUAACUUUUCCUGAAUAAACUCUACGUAAUAAUAAAGUCAUAGUACAAAUUCGAAAACUAA